CUUCCCAAUCCCCAUCCACACUCCUCCCCCUCCUUCCUCCCCAUCAAAUCUAGGUUUUACUACACUUCGGCGACCGACCUCACAGCACCGAUCGCAUCAACUUCCUCCUUGCGUGCCCGGCCCCUCGCACUUCCCCGGCCGGAAGAGCAGAAAAGGAGGGCGUUCGUCGCCGGCGAGGCGUAGCUAAGACCUAAGAUGCCGCAGCGCCACUCGAAGAACAACAACGACCUCGCCUUCUUCACCUACGAGGAGAAGCGGAAGCUCGGGUACGGCACGCAGCGGGAGCGGCUCGGGAAGGACUCCAUCAAGCCCUUCGACGCCUGCUGCCUCUGCCUCAAGCCGCUCAUCGACCCGCUCGCCUGCCCCAAGGGCCACACCUUCUGCAAGGAGUGCAUCCUCGAGUGCCUCCUCGCGCAGAAGAAGGACAUCAAGCGCAAGCUUAUAGCUCAUGAGUCCCAGAAAAAGCAAGAGAAGGAAGAGGAGGAAGAGAAACUGAUGCUGCAAAAGUCCAAGGAGUUGGAUGCUUUUGAUCAGCAGAAUCAUGGAGCUGUUCCCCAAUACUAUGAACGUAGUGAUUCCCAAGAUAAGAAUGGUUUUCAUGGAGCAAACAGUGUGAAGGUUACCUCCUUUGAAGAGGAGGCCCUCCGCACCAUGAAGGCGUUCUGGCUUCCGUCGGCUACUCCUGAAGCUACUGUCAAGGUAGAUGCCCCCUGCACGGACACAAUCUGCCCCGAGGGGCAGGAGAAGCUGAAGUUGAAAUCGCUCUUUCCUAUCUCUUUCACCGAAGAAAAUGCUGACCAGAGAAGCAAGAAGUCAGUGGAGAAGAGCUACAUGUGCCCUAGUUGCAAAUCCACCCUCACAAACACCAUGUCCCUGGUGGCAAUAAGCACUUGUGGCCAUGUGUUCUGCAAGAAGUGCUCAGACAAGUUCCUAGCAACAGAUAAGGUCUGCUUAAUGUGCAAUAAACCCUGCAAAGAGAGAAAUUUAGUUCCUUUAGAGAAAGGGGGAACUGGUUUUGCAGCACAUGACGAUCGCUUAGAGGCAAAGAAUUUCAAGCACCUGGGGAGCGGUUCCGGGCUAGGAUUAGUGAAGCCUGCUCCCAAGUCCUAAGAGUUUCUGGCCUUAUUUAGCGCUUUUUGUAUAUUGCGGUACUGCCUAUGAGUUAACUUUGUGUCGGCGAUGUAAGUUAACCAUAAAUUUUUAUUUCAAGGUUUUGAUAUCUUUUUGAGCAGUUUGGUCUGAAACAAUCUAUGCCCGGUCUUUUAUGAUGCAAGUUGUAAUGUGCUUUCUUAUUACAGUUUAUGAGAUCUGUUUGGUUACGGUUUGCAGCCGA